UGGACGGCGCUCCGGCACUGCGGAUUUCUCGCCUUUCUCAAGUCUCCCGCGUUGCCGCUUCCCUCGCCUCUACGCGGCCAGGUGCUGGUCGUCGUCCGUGCCUGUCAGUCUCCUGCCACUCCCGCCUUAGCUCCGCCACGAUGAUGCGUCUCCUGGUGCUGGUGACGGCGGCCUGCGUCGCGCACUCCCUGCCCUUCCCCGACCACCCGCCCCCAAGCGGUGGUUUUCAGCCCGUGCAUGGAUCACGAGGGUCAGGGCCCGCCUCUGGCUACGGCGCCCCUCCUCCUCCGUCUACCGGCUACGGCGCCCCAGGGCCCGCAGGAAGCACCCCGACCAAGACCAUCUACGUGAAUGUCCCUCACCCCGAGCCCCAGAAACCGCUGCCCCCCGUGGCCGCCGGCCCGCCGCGCAAGCAUUACAAGAUCGUGUUCAUCCGCGCUCCUGCUCCUCAGCCUCCUCCUCAGCCCAUCCUGCCGCCGCGCACUGAGCAGAAGACGCUGAUCUACGUGCUGCACCAGAGGCCCGAGGUGCAAGAACAACAGGUCAUUCAAGUACCAAGCGUCAAGCACAACCCAGAAGUGUUCUUCGUACAGUACGAUAAUCCGCCAACAGCUGAGGAACUCCAGCAGCUGUCAGCAGGCGAUCUGAGUGGGUUUACUGUGAGCUCCCAAGCUUCAGGGGGCGGAUACGGGGGCGGGGACUCUCUUGCCCUGGGCUCAGCACGGGAGGACCAAACCGCUGUUCUGACCAACCUCGGUGACGCAGGUGUCCCGUUGCCAGUGGGCGGAGGUAGCGUGGGCGUUGGGAGCGGAGUUUCCUUCGGCAGUGCACCUGGGGGUGUCCAAGGAGUGUCCGUGCCAGCCCUUUCCGGUGGAGGCAUCCCAAGCGAUGCUGUUCGGAUAGGCGUCCCCAACGGAGGCAGCGGCCUACAGAUCCUGAACAGCGUCCGGUCAAGCGCAGCAGCUGAUGAGAUCCUCGGACUCGCUUCCCUCGAAUCGGCGGCCGACGGAUUCGACUUCAGCGACAGCCUCGGAAGACGCUCAGGACCCGCGCAGAGAACCUGAACCUCUGCCUGCACCCCCCUGUCUCUAGUCUUUCCCUCCAUGGCGGCGCUGUCUGGACAGUCUCGGUGCCUCACAUCCUUCGCCUCGUAGCAGCUGCACUGUGACUUGCCCCCGACAAUGGAUGUAAGAAACACAUUCGUGAAGUAAAAUCUUGUUUCAAGAGGACUUACUACUUCCGUGGCUUUACGCAGUGAGGAGGACAAACCGACCUGCUCACUGGGGAUGGUCACUGGAGAUCCUUCGCCAUCCUGUGGAGAACGGCAAUUGUUUACUUAUCCUUCAUGGACAGUUUCAUCUCCCGGGAGGACUUCAACUCCGCACACGUCCUCACUUUAUGAAGGGUGCGACUGCAACAUCCUGGCGCCGGCCCGCCCGGGGUACAGGAUGAAGGGUCGUGCUAUUUAAGUUAUUGUGUUCCUGUCUGGAUCUGAUUGUGAACACCUGUAAAUAAAAACCCUCUUUUUACGUCAACGAGAUUCUGUCCGUGUUGGACAUUCAUUGUCUGAUGGAUGCCUCGACUAUUCACCUUUGAUGUCCUCCUCGACCACAAUCUGUUAACGUUUUUUUUAUAUUUUAUAAAUGUACCUAUCCUGUGUUCGACAUUGUUUCCUUGUUGAUUGUCGACAUAAAUUUUGUAUUAAUAGUAUUUUCUCCAACCCCAUUCCUUCCCUUGAAAAGGAAAUAUUUUAUUAACGUUUCUGUUUAUACCAGUUAUUGUCUGUUCAUUAAUGACCUAGAAUCAAGUGCACCUCCUCCUUUUCCGUCUCCCCAUCUCGCCCUCCGACUUUCAUUCCGCCAAGUGACCAAAACCGGUUUAAAGCCAAACCACUUUUUCCCCUCGAUGGCAUACCCAGAUGCCGAGCUUUCUCCUAACUUUCUCUUGCCUCUGUAUCACUGGUAAAAGGUCCUUCUUUGUUUCAUGAGGAAACUCAGUUUGUCUUUAUGAUUAAGUUUACUUUUUAUACUAAGGGAAAUAUAUGCUCUUAGGCCUUUUGACAAGGCAAGGUAGGCUAGAAGCCCAUCCACGGCAGUAUGUAAUAUCUCAGGAAGGUGAUUCAAAAGAAAAAAAAGUAUUUAGACAAAUAUUAUAUAGAUAAUGAUAUAUAUAUGACUAUAUAAAAAGCAUCAUAGAACACCUUACUAGCGAUGGAAAAAUAGUGAUGUCAGAAAGCAUGAAAUUUCUUUCUUGUUGUGGACAGCUGUGUCAAAACCCAAGAUCGACGCGAUUGGCCGUUAGCUAAUCGCGCUGAUCAACACCUGGACGAUUGGAUUAAUUGAGUUCUAGGAAUCUCUGCCAAUGACACCAUUAUUCUGCUAUCCAGUCGACAUAGCUUUAAGAUCGAGAUUAGGCUCCUAGUUAAUUUCUUGUGUAUAACGAAUUGCAAUAAAAACUGAGAACUG